AUGAAUUAUUUCUUUGGUUUUGAAACUUUUCACUACCAGUGUUUUAUUUGGUUUUCAGCUGUUAAUGAAUUGGCAAUGUGUGGAAGUCUUGGAAAUCAUGCACUUUUCCCAUGUAUACGUACAGUAUGUGGAAAGAAAGUAACUGAACUUACUUGCACUGCUCAACAUAUGCUCUUCAUUUCGGUUAUCUUGAGCAUUUCUGCGUGUAGUGCGAAAUAUAUAUGUAUUGUGAAUGAAUUGUCUGCAAGAUAA